AUGGACAAGGUUAGCUGGGCAAUCAAGACUUUGACAGGGGAGCAUAGAAGUUGUGGGAGGUUGGAAAGAAACCCAAUAGUAAGUUUUGAGUGGCUGUGUAGACAUCUGCAGUCAGACAUUGAAGCCAAUCCUGAUAUUCCAGUGGAGUCUUUACAGAGAAUCUGUACAGAAAGGUUUAGGCUUGAAGUCAAGAAAAGGCUAUUGUACAAGGUCAAGGCAAUGUCCAAGGAGAUCAUCCAUGGACAUUUUAGAGAGGCAUACUCACUGUUGCCUAGGUAUGCUGAAAUGGUGAAAGAGACUAAUCCAGGUAGUUAUGCUCUUGUGACAUGGGAUGAACCUACUGCAACUGAGCCUCCAAGAUUCAAGGCUUUUGGGAUUGAUGGGAACAAUGAGAUUUUUCUCAUUGCCUAUGGAGUGGUUGGUUUUGAGAGUAUUGACAGCUGGGGCUAUUUUCUGAGGAAUUUGAAAUGCCUUUUUGAGAAGGAAGGGUGCAGGAAAGAUGAUUGGACCUUCAUUUCUGACAGAAUGAAGGGUGUUGACACAGCAAUUUAUGAAGCAUUCCCCAGAGCAACUAGAAGAGUGUGUUGCCAGCACCUGUACAUGAACUGCAUGGCCAAUGGAUUCAGUGGUUCAGCCUUUCAUAAGCUUUUUAGGAUAGCAGCUGAUGCAUACAAUGAGUAUGUAUACAACAAAGCAAUGCAAAAGAUUCAAGAGUACAAUCCUAAGGUUGUUGAAUACUUAGAGAGCUGCACUGAGAUCUGGUCAAGACAUAAGUUUGAUCCUGCAUUGUGUUGUGACCAUAACACAACAAAUUUCGUGGAGUCUUUCAACUCAUGCUCCAGGCCCUACAGAGAUCUACCUGUUGUGAAAAUACUUGAAGCUAUAAGGCAAUGGGGCAUGAAGAAGAUUGGCUCAAGGUUUGACAAAGCCCUAAGCAUGGGGGAUAUGGAGCUGACUGAAUAUGCAGCCAAGAUUCUGCAAACCAGAUCAGAUGAGUCUAGGUUGUGCUAUGCAACCCCAGUGGUGGUGAUGAGUUUGAGGACUCCCAUGCAAACAUGUACUAAGGGUGAUUUACCACUAGAGGCUGCAACGUGUAGACUUUGUAGCCCCUUGUUUCAAAGGGAAGGAUACAAGCUAACUUAUGCAGAGCAUAUGCACCCAGACCCAACUCAAUGGCCAUCACUGAACCUGCCUAACAUAAUACCACCAUUGGUGAAAAGAGCUGCAGGGCGACCAAAAAAGCAAAGAAGAAGAGGGCCAAAUGAAGCAAGGAAAGGGAAGAGGCAUUCAACAGUUAAGUGCAGCUUAUGCAAUGAAUUGGGGCACAACAUGUUGACUUGUGCAUCAAGGAAAAAAAGCGCUGCAACUGAAGCAAGCACAUCAACCACCUCCUCUCAACCCAAGAAGAAAACAAAGAAAGCAGCAUGA